AUUGCCGUUUUUUGUACGCUCUAUUUAUCUCCUUCACCACUCCCCCACGAUUCUCGAACUCCAGCAGCUUCUCUCCACACAAAUCACACGAAUCGGAGCAAAUACAGCGAUAAUCCGAACAAGAUGUCGUGGCAAGCAUACGUCGACGACCACUUGAUGUGCGAGAUCGAAGGAAAUCACCUCUCUUCCGCCGCAAUCAUCGGUCACGAUGGGAGCAUCUGGGCCCAAUCAUCCAACUUCCCUUCGGUUAAACCAGAGGAAAUAACUGCAAUCAUCAAUGACUUCAAUGAACCUGGUUCACUUGCCCCAACUGGUUUAUACCUUGGUGGGACCAAGUACAUGGUUAUUCAAGGUGAAGCUGGAGCCGUGAUUCGAGGGAAAAAGGGACCAGGAGGUGUUACUGUUAAAAAGACGACAAUGUCCUUGAUCAUUGGUGUGUAUGAUGAACCCAUGACUCCAGGGCAAUGCAACAUGAUUGUUGAAAGGCUUGGUGACUAUCUCCUGGAACAGGGUUUUUAAUUGAUCUUUGGGAAGUGAUACAAUUUUAGUAAUUAAAGUUGUGCAAAGAUGUCCUGGAGUUGUAAGCCAGGUGGUUUGUGCUUGAUACUUUUCACCUGUAUUAAGUGUGAUGAUGGAAGUGGGACACUUGUUUAGUUCCUUAUUUUUAUUUUUUUAAAACUUUAUGGAGUGAUUUUUGAUGGAUGUUUUUAAAUGAUUUGGGAUUAUCUCAUAUUAAUAUGACUACACCUUUGCUUGUGUAACA